GAUUAAUCGCCGAGGAGAAAUGAGGCCCUCGUGCUUUAUCCCGACGCCAACCCCCGAGCUCGCCAUCUCAGCUAGCUUUCGCCUUCCAGUUAGGGGUUUCAGGCGUCAUCGGAAAUCCUUCUGCCUUCGAUCUUUAUAUGCUCUCUUAAAGGAUAUGACAAGUGUCCUGUCAAGCCACCCUAGAAAAUUACCAUGGCAAAUCUACAAGAGUUCUUUAAAGAGCAGAUCUAUUAAGGUACAAUGCUUGAGGUUUUUGAGUGUAGAGUUCCCUCAUGGACAAACAUUGUCUGCUCAGGAUCAAUACUUUACCAGUUACCAUAAAAGAACCCCACACCCUAGACAGGUUUUUGUUAGAGCUGUCAGUGAUGAUGCAGAAUCAAGCAGUGAUGGAGAUGAAAGUAAGGACGAGGAGAGUGGAGAAGAAGAAGAAGAGGUGAGUGGUGGGUUAUCUCGUGAAGAUUUGGAACGAAUUGUUGGAAAAGAUGAUUCAACUUUUAGUGGCAUAGAUCUUGCAACUCUUAUCAGGAAAAAGUACGGUAGAUCAUAUGAUGUCCAACUAAUAAAAAAGGAAUUCAUGGGAAGAAACUUGUUGGCAAUGAAUGUCAUGUGGAAGUACAUGGAGCAGAGAUCCUUUCCCUUGACUGAAGAAGAGUAUCUGCUGAGGCUUGAUGAUGUAGCAAACACACUGAAAUGCUGGGGAGCUGUCGCACACAUUCGAAAUAGUCUUGCAAAAUUGAAGGAACGGCCCCGAAUAGGAAAAGCGGUAAGCAUUUUUAUAGAUAUGGACGAAUCUGGUGGUCGUUCCAGUGAGUGGAUUUACAAGUAAUACGAAAAUCAAGUAUGAAUUUUCUGUGCUUUUAUAAGAAAGGCACUUGGUUUUCAGUUUGUUGGGCUUAUUAAUGGAGGGCAUAUAUUGACAAGGCUAUCUCAAUCAGAGGCCCAUGGUUCCCUGGAAUUCUUGCAUGUCCACUGAAAGUGUCUGAAUCGAAGACAGGAUGUUAUAUCCUCAGUAAAGAAGCUACAAGUUUUUAAGCGUCUUUAUGGAUUUUUUUUUACCUGUCAUAGAUAUAGAAUAUUUCAACUGUUCAUAAAUGUAAAAGUUAAUUGUCAUUUGAUUCGAUCUUUGGAUGCCUUUUCAACCCUACUAUGUUAUAACAGGGAAUGUUUCUACAACAUAAUCACAUGUCACUUCUUAAUUGAUGGUGAAAUAACAAACCGGCGGGAAGCUGAUACAAACACAGCAGGUUAUUCAAACAAUGAAGAAAAUCUUGAAAUGAUGCCAUCAAACUGUGCACAAUCAACUGCAGUGGUAUACUAAUGGUAGCCAAGUAUGCUGAGGAAAUGACAAGGUCUCAUAUUAAUGUCUGUAGGAGCAACAAGGAAUUGUGACCAAUGAUUUUUUUUGAGAAAAAAUUGUGAGCAAUGACUGUUUACAAGUCUUAAAGAUCGUUGUUAAUUUUA